ACUGGCUGGAGCGGUGUAUCAGCUCGGCAGUUAAACUGCGUUUCAGAAGCUGAUACAAACUGUAGUCGGUAGUGUUGCCAACGGACCAUCAGCGCUCGCAGUUGAAACCACGAAGGUUUUCAAAUCACGUUUCAUUCGGUUUACGAUCUGGAAACGAGGACAAGGGAAUAAAAAGAAGUGCUAUCAGAGCUAUUCAAUUUUGACUGCCUUCGAUAACCACGGUGUAAUUUGGGUCUCGGGAACGAGCAAUCCGGGAAUCCGAAUCCGUAGUUAAAGAGGAGACAUAUUUGAUAAAACUAUUUGACCUGCAAAAAAUUUUGCUGAACAUCGCUAAGGACAAGGAUAUUUAUCACCGAUUGACAAUUUCAAUCCGCAAUUGGGAGAUGCAGUUCCUUGGUGAUAAUGCAUUUAAUACUACAUUCAGUUCCAAUUAACGGUCAGUGAUUGAACCGAUCAACGUUACAGCCUUCGAACCUAGACUAGCUCCGCUCCAUGUUCAAUAGCAUGAUAUUUUCGGAGCCAUAAUUCAAAUGAGUAUAACAAUGCGCGCUGCUGCAUGUAUCGCCCUGUCUGCUAACCAUUACUAUUCAUCGAUUCUCAAAGUCAAGACGAAAUGGACGGUAGUAAUCAGUACAAUAAGGAGGUACUGUCAAGCUAUAAUGGAACCGUGGAAACAGAGCAACGCCGCAGACUUCUUAGGGACAUGGACCAGGACGAAAAUGGUUAUAUACUCAAUGAAAUCAAUGAUAAGAGAGGAAAUUCUCGUCUCCGGAAAUGGCUUAUCGGUGUACUCAUUUGCCUCUGUGCUUCCCUUGUGAUAGUCAACAGUUUUACAUAUAGACAAUUCACCUUGUCUCGUUCCACACCGCGCUCUCACAAUCUGUUACGAGAGAAUGAGAUCGAGGUGGAUAAUAGCGAAACGGAUGUGCCGGCGGGUCCGGUUCUCGGUUUCGUCGUGAAGACAUCGGGCUGCCGAAUUCCAUCAUUCGAGGUGAUGGACGAUAGUAUCAAGCGGUACUUCCAGGGUACGACGGAGUUCCAGUGUGAUGCCGGUACUCACCUACCCCUGGUGAACUCGAACCUUACCUCGCUGUUCGUGGACCCGAAAGCGAAAGCGCAUUUCUACAAAGAUCUCGAACCCGCGAAGUGCUGCUGGAGUAGAUUUUGGAGAACGAACGGUAGUGACAACAGUAUUAGCUUCGAAUCAACGUGCCAAAACUUUGUUAACUCAACCAGGAUCAAGGACGGGGAGUUCGUCCAGGUCAAGUGCGAGAGAAAAGGAAAAGAAGUGUACAAGGACUAUCAUGCGUUUGUGCCGCGUAAGGAGUUAGUCGAAAACAGGUGCGGUUCUUCACCCGCUCCCGGACCGGAGUCUGGCCGUCUCAGUGUCCUCAUCCUCGGGUUGGACUCGGUUUCGAGGCUCAAUUUUCACCGGACAAUGCCGAGGACCGUUGAGGCGCUGCAGGGUCUUGGGGCGGUGGAGAUGAUGGGAUACAACAAGGUCGGCGACAACACCUUUCCCAACUUGGUACCCGUGCUGACCGGGUUGUCCGAAGAGGAGCUGACCAUCGCGUGCUGGACGACGAAGAAGAAGCCGUUCGACGACUGCCCUUUCAUAUGGAGCAACUUCAGCGCCGCAGGGUACCGCACUGUUCUCGGCGAAGACGCCUGCAGUAUGACAGUAUUCAACUACCUGAAGUCCGGAUUCAGGAACCAGCCAACGGACUACUAUUUACGACCGUAUUGCAUAGCGACCGAGAACGGAAUCGGCAACACGCACAAGCUGAACGCGGACCUGUGCGUGGGCACAAGAAAGACCUUCGAUAAUCUGUUGGCUUACUCUCGGAAGGUCGCGAGGGAGUUCGCGAGGGACUCGUACUUCGCUUUGUUCUGGCAGGCGAGCUUGACCCACGACUUUAUCACCUAUUCUAAAUUAGGCGACGAGUCCUACCGACGGUUCAUCGACCAAGCAGCCGACGAAGGUCUCCUCGAACGCACCGCCCUGAUCGUAAUGAGCGACCACGGCAUCAGGUGGGGCAGCUUUCGGCAGACUUAUCAGGGCUACGUGGAGGAGAGGCUUCCCUUCGUGUUUACCGUCUUACCGAGAUGGUGGAGAGAGAAAUUUCCUAUCGCUUGGGCCAACUUCAGACGAAACUCACGGAGCCUUACGACGCCGUUUGACCUCCACGAGACCCUCCAGCACAUCAUGAGGCCGGAGGAACUCGAGGAAGGUAAGCUCAAGGAAAGGUCAAGGCGAAUAUUGGGGGAGAGGAACACACCCCGCGGUCUCAGCUGGUUUCUUCCUAUUCCUGAUCACCGGAAUUGCUCGAUGGCCGGUAUUACUGGCCAAUGGUGCAUGUGCCAUCUUAGCGAGAGUACUUCGACUACUGACCCCGUGGUCCAGCAGGCAGUUGGCUUUUUGGUCGAUGAAUUGAACCGCCUGCUGCGAAGCUACCCUCAGUGCGCGGUUUUGAAGCUCAAGUCUAUUUUGAACUCUAAAGUAUGGGCUGCCCAGUCUCAUAAAUCGGACAAAGCUGCUCCGACGACUGAUUACUCCGUUACGAUUCAGACCCAGCCUGGUGACGCGAUUUUUGAGGCCUCUGUUCGACAUCGUGCUCAAGACUCGAACCAAACCCUCGUCGGAUCUAUCAGCCGAUUGAACCUUUACGGUAAACAGAGCGCCUGCGUUGAUGACUUUAAAAUGCGUCUGUACUGUUUCUGUCCGUGAUUAUGAACCCCGCACAUCACACAUAUCUCAUGGAUAUUAUAUACUUUUGAUAUUUUAUAGUAUUUUAAAUAAAUAUUAUACAAUGUUGAGCCGUUA